AUGGGUGAUGUUGAGAAGGGCAAGAAGAUUUUUGUUCAUAAGUGUGCCCAGUGCCAUACUGUGGAAACGGGAGGCAAGGACAGGACUGGGCCAAAUCUCCAUGGCCUGUUUGGGCGAAAGACAGGUCAGGCUGUCGGAUUUUCUUACACAGAUGCCAACAAGAACAAAGGCAUCACCUGGGGAGAGGAGACACUGAUGGAGUAUUUGGAGAAUCCCAAGAAGUACACCCCUGGAACAAAAAUGAUCUUCACUGGCAUUAAGUAGAAGGGAGAAAGGGCAGACUUGAUAGCUUAUCUCAAAAAAGCUACUAAUGAGUAAUAGUUGGCCACUGCCUUAUUUAUUAUGAAACGAAU